AUGUCGGCGGUGAUACCGAUGGAAUCAAACCCCGAGACAAUGAAUAAGUACUUAAAGAGAUUGGGAGUGUCGGAUAAAUGGCGUAUGGUUGAUGUGGUGAGCUUGGAGGAGGAUGGCUUGAGCUGGCUGCCGCGUCCCGUGCUGGCUCUUCUGCUCCUGUUUCCUCUCUCGAAGACUUACGAGGACCUGAGAAAGGAGCAGGAGAUAGAACUGAGGAGCGCAGUGCAACAAGUCCCGAAAGACGUGUUCCAUUUGAAGCAAGUGCUGAGCAACGUUUGCGGCACCAUAGCUUUGGUGCACAGCGUGGCUAACAACACCAACCGAAUCGAGUUGGAAGACGGCCUGCUGAAGAACUACUUGAACGACGCCAAAGGCUUGGACGCGGCAGCUAAGGGAGCGCUUCUAGAAAACUCCGAGCCCCUGUUGGAAGCGUAUAAAGACAUUGUCGAUGGCGGUAGUCACGAGGCGGUGAACGAGCCGGAUGUUGUGAGCCACCACUUCGUCACGUUCAUACAUAAGGACGGCACCUUGUACGAACUGGAUGGCAGGAAAUCCUUACCCAUCAGCCACGGGCAGACGAAUGAGGAGCGCUUUUUGGAGGACGCGGCGAAGGUCGUUCGCGGUUUCAUCGCCCGCGAGCCCGACAGCGUCGGCUUUAGUGUUAUGGCUCUGGUCCAAGAACAA